CAGUCCACAUCUCUCCCUCUGUCUCCUCCUCUGAACUGUCAGCGUUUGUCUCUCCCUGCUCUGCUGUGGAUGUUUCUCUGAGAAGGGAAAAGUCAGAGUCUGUGGCCAUGUUUUGCGGUCUGAAAAGAGAUAUGGAGACAAAUAGUGUGGAUGAGGGGCCGUACGGAAAAACCAAGGAUUUCUCUGGACCAGAACACACCAUGACGUUGAGAAGACACAGUAUACCAGAAGCUCUGCGGGGGGUGACCAUGGUGGAGCUGGUGAAAAAAGAAGGUAGUACGCUUGGACUCACCAUCUCCGGAGGAACUGACAAGGAUGGGAAACCCCGGGUAUCAAACCUUCGGCCAGGGGGGCUGGCAGCCAGGAGUGACCAGCUUAAUGUCGGGGAUUACAUCAAGUCUGUGAACGGCAUCAAUCUGACAAAGCUGAGGCAUGAAGAAAUCAUUAGUUUAUUAAAGAAUGUAGGAGAAAGGGUCCUGUUAGAGGUGGAAUAUGAGCUGCCCCCUACAGCACCAGACAGCACCUCAGGGGUUAUAUCGAAGACAAUCGACAUCUGUUUGCACAAAGAGGGAAGCAGCUUUGGUUUCGUCAUGAGGGGUGGUACACAUGAAGACUGGCACAAGUCACGCCCCUUGGUGGUCACCUAUGUCAGACCAGGCGGUCCUGCAGACAGAGAAGGCACGCUGCGACCCGGGGACCGCCUUCUGAGUGUGGAUGGUGUUCCUCUACACAGCGCCAGCCACAAUGACGCCCUCAGUGUGUUGGCCCAGUGUGGCCAGGAAGCCCUGUUCCAGAUAGAGUACGACGUCACAAUAAUGGACACAGUAGCCAACGCCUCCGGUCCGCUAUUAGUGGAAAUCGCUAAGUCACCCGGGGCAACACUGGGCAUCACGCUGACGUCGGCUAAUCAUCGAAACAAGCAGGUCAUCGUGAUCGACCGGGUCAAACCCGGCAGCGUGGUGGACAGAUGUGGAGCACUGCAUCCUGGAGAUCACCUCCUCUCCAUAGAUGGGACGUCCACAGAACACUGCACUGUGUUGGAGGCAACGCAGCUAUUAGCAAGCACAACUGAACUCGUUAAGUUAGAGAUCCUCCCUUCACACCAGACAAGGCUAGCUGGGAAGCAGCACGACACAGUGAAGGUCCAUAAAUCAGACCACCCCCACUCCUGGGACCCCUGUAUGAAUUACUGUCACCCUUCAAACUCAACCCUUUGCAAAACCAGUUCCACCCUAAACAAGUCAUGGACUGCCUCCAACAACAACACCAUCAACAGCCUGGACUACUGCAAGUCUCUCGUUUGUGCCAGUUUCUCUACCAGCUCUACAACCACGUCAGGCCCCAGCAGCCUGAGCUCCAACACGUUGCCGCGCCCAGCAGCUCCCAUGAGUCCUCGCAACUCACUGCUCAAACGAAGGCAGAGGAAGAAAGAGCACAAGAGUUCUUUGUCCCUGGCAUCCAGUUCGGUAGGUCCUGGUGGUCAGGUGGUCCACGUAGAGACAAGUGAGGUUGUCUUGACCGGUGAUCCACUCAACGGCUUUGGAGUACAGCUGCAGGGAGGAAUCUUUGCUACUGAAACACUCUCUGCUCCACCACUCAUCCGGUUCAUAGAGCCUGACAGUUCAGCUGAGAGGUGUGGCCUGCUGCAGGUUGGAGAUCGUCUUUUAUCGAUCAACGGAAUCCCCACAGAAGAUGGAACCCUGGAGGAAGCCAAUCAACUCCUCCGUGACGCUGCAUUGACCAAUAAGGUCACGUUGGAGGUCGAGUUUGAUGUAGCAGAGUCCGUGGUGCCUAGCAGUGGGACCUUCCAUGUCAAGCUGCCAAAGAAACGAGGAGUUGAACUAGGACUCACCAUCAGUGCCAGCAAGAAGCCCGGAGAAACCCUCAUUAUUUCUGACAUCAAGAAAGGCAGCAUGGCUCACAGAACAGGAACCCUGGAGCCCGGCGAUAAGCUUCUGGCCAUCGACAACAUCAGGCUGGAGAACUGCUCCAAAGAAGACGCAGAGCACAUCCUGCAGCAGUGUGAGGCACUGGUCAAACUAAAGAUACGCAAAGAUGAGGACAACUCCGAUGAGCAGGAGACGUCGGGCAGCAUCAUCUACACUGUGGAGCUGAAGCGCUACGGAGGCCCUCUGGGAAUAACCAUCUCAGGCACAGAGGAGCCUUUUGACCCCAUCACUAUAUCAGGCCUGACCAAGCGAGGCCUGGCAGAGAGGACAGGUGCUAUUCAUGUAGGUGACCGGAUCCUGGCCAUCAACAGCGUGAGUCUCAAAGGGAAACCGCUGAGUGAAGCCAUCCACCUGCUUCAGAUGGCCGGAGAGACGGUGACCCUCAAAAUUAAGAAGCAGCUAGACAAUUUAGAGAAGAGGAAAGCAGCAGAUGCUGAUGAUGCGACGGAGAAUGAGGUCAGUGAUCCUGAGGAAGAUGAUUUGACUGACAGCCAACAGACCAACAAGCUGUCAGAGAUUUACUCCACUACUAUACCCAGUGUUGACUCUGCUAUGGAGUCCUGGGAUGGUUCUGGACUGGAUGCAGGAUACGGCAGCCAAGGCACUUACGCCCAUCAAGGAGCGGGGGUCGCCCUCCACCCACAUGAGUGGCGUAGCACCAAGCAGCAACGUAGCACAACGCCACCUCCUGGUCCAAGGAAGAACUACCCGUUUAGUGAUGGGGGUUUCAGUGAGGAUGAGUGGGACAAACCACCGGGGUUUAUCGGCCAACAACCAGACGGUAUUUUGGUGGAUCCAGAUGACAGCUUUUGGUGUCAGGCUCUGGAAGACCUGGAGACUUGUGGCCAGUCUGAACUUCUCAGAGAGAUAGAGGCUUCUAUCAUGACGGGUACCGCCAUCACUCUGGGUGUAGACAGUGCCACCAAACCUCCAGCUGAGCCCCUCCUGAGCCACAGCAGGAUGAGUCCAUUACGAAGAAAUUCACUCCUUCGUCAAGCAAAUUUGAUGCAUCAGAAUUCACAAUUCCACCCAGGGGUGCAUUUGCACGAAGAUAUCCAUCUGCAUGAAGAGGCCCUCAUCCACCAAGACUCCCACAUGCACGAGACCCAUUUUGACCAGGAGGCACACCUACUUCAUGGAGCCCACAUCCACCAAGAGACGCAGUCCCCUCUUCUUCACCACGAUCCCAAGCUCAAGGCUUCAUUAAGAGUUUCAGAGAGAACGUGGGAGUCUCGUCGGAUCAAAGAGGAAAUGCAGGGAAUUCUUUCCCCAACUCCCCUGGAGCUGCAUAAAGUAACAGUGAUAAAGGACCCAGAGAGCGACGACUUUGGCUUUAGCGUAUCAGACGGCUUCUUAGAGAAAGGUGUUUAUGUGAACAUGAUCAGAGCGGAUGGACCAGCGGACAGAGCCGGACUUUGGCCGUUCGACAGGAUCCUGCAGGUGAACCAUGUCAGAACGAGAGACUUUGAUUGCUGCUUAGCGGUGCCCCUCAUCACAGAGGCAGGAGACCGACUGGAGCUGGUCAUCAGCAGGAACCCCCUGGCCAGCGAACAUCCAGAAGAUAACAACAACACUUUAGACGAGCCCUUAGACCUGUAACAAGCAAUGCAAACAGAUGUUUUUAAUCUGUUUUUAAAGCACAUUGACACAGCGAGUCAUACAUUUUAAACAUAUUUACUGUGACUGGCGUGAACCUGAACAUAGGCUAGCAAUAAUGCUACAUACAGAGACUGAAAACGCAAUGCAUGCAAACAUCCCAUUACCAAUCAGUGGUACUGCUGUUAUACAGUUUAUUCUUUAUAUGUAAAAAAAAAAAAAAAAACUUAUGGCUACAAUCUAAAAAAGCACCAAAUGUUUUUUCAACAGCCAAGAGGAAGUUUUCUGUGUUGUUUCCAAAAUCGCACCAAAAAGAUUAGAAAUUGCAUAUUUCAGAAACUCUUCUUUUUUUGUUUGUUCAUCAGUGAAAGAAGAUCUACCAAAUUGAUAUGAUUUUAUUUUUUUACCUAAAUGCAUGGGUUAUGUUAGUCAAAGAAAGAACUAGAUGUCGUCUUCUGGGAGUAUAUCAGGACUGAAGGUAGUUUAUUAGUUGAUCAUAAGCAAAGACUGUUUAACACACUUGGUUUAGGAAUAUUCUGUUUUUAGAGAGAGGCCUUUAAAUUGUCUUCUUCUGCACAUAUAAUCAUUCAAAAAAAUUAGUAAGAAACCAAAAAUUCUUUAAAACAGAUAAAUAACGGUACUACUGCUGAAAUGAUUGUUCUUCAG